AUGACAAAUUUAUUAGCAUCAUUAAAUAUUAGAAACGAAAGAAUACUACUAGUUGGAUAUUCUAAUUUAACUAUUCUACGAAUAAAUUCAAUAUUAGAAUGUAAUGGUUACCCCAUACUUUUAAUACCAAACACAGACAAUAUAUCAGAAAUUAUAAAACAAUAUGAAGAAGAAAAAAAAUUACAAAUAGUAAUUGAUCCUGAAUUUGAUAUAAAUAUACGAAAACAUUUAACAUCAUUAGGUAAAGAAUAUACGGAUUUUAUAGUUGAUAAAGUAUUUGUAACUUUAUUACAAAGUUCACAGCAUCAAAUAAGAGAAAAUAUCUAUCGAGAAUGUAAAAAAUUAAGAAUACCAAUAAAUACAACAGAUGAACCUGAAUUAUGUACAUUUACAUUAUUAUCAACAUACAAACAAGGAGAUUUUCAAUUAGGUAUAACAACAAAUGGUAAAGGAUGUAAAUUAUCAUCAAGAUUAAAAAGAGAAAUUAUAAAUAAGUUACCUACUGAUUUAGAUAAAAUUUGUGAUAAUAUAGGAAAUUUAAGAAAUCAAAUUCAAAUUGAAGAUAAUAUUAAAGAAUUAAUUCCAGGAGAAAAUGAAGAUGAUUUAAAUAAUUUAAAAAAUUUUAAUUCUCUUGUAAAAGAAUUUAAUCAAUCAAAAGAUGAUAUAAAAUUAAGAAGAAAUAGAUGGUUAUCUCAAAUUGUUGAAUAUUAUCCAUUAUCAAAAUUAUCUAAUAUAUCAAUUGAUGAUUUGAAACUUGUAUAUAAAGACGAUAAAUUAUCAUCACCGACUAUUGAAAAAGAUACCACGAAAAAAGGAAAAAUAGCAUUAAUUGGAAGUGGACCAGGUUCAAUAUCAUUAUUAACUAUUGGAGCAUUACAAGCAAUAAAUAAAGCAGAAUUAAUAUUAGCUGAUAAAUUAGUUCCACAACAAGUAUUAGAUCUUAUCCCAAAAAAUCAUGGACCAGAAAUUUUUAUAGCAAGAAAAUUUCCAGGAAAUGCAGAAAAAGCACAAGAAGAAUUGCUUGAGAUAGGAUUAAAUGCACUAAUUCAGGGGAAAUUUGUUAUAAGAUUAAAACAAGGAGAUCCUUAUAUUUUUGGUAGAGGAGGUGAAGAAUUUAAUUUUUUUCAAACUCAUGGUUUUAAACCAAUUGUUAUACCUGGUAUAUCUUCAGCAUUAGCAGCACCAGUUGUUGCAAAUAUUCCAAUGACUCAUAGAGAUGUAGCAGAUCAAGUAUUAAUAUGUACUGGUACUGGUCGUAAAGGAAUAAUACCAAAUUUACCCUUGUUUGAAUCAAAUAGAACAACAAUUUUUUUAAUGGCAUUACAUAGAAUUAUUGAAUUAAUACCAGUAUUAAUUAAUGAUAAAAAUUGGCCUUCAAAUUUACCAGUUGCAAUAAUUGAAAAAGCAAGUUGUCCAGAUCAAAGAAUUAUUAGAACUACUUUAUCAAAAUUAGAUAAAGUUGUUGAAAUUUUUGGUUCAAGACCUCCUGGAUUAUUAGUUACUGGAUAUGCAUGUGAAGUAAUCCACAAAAAUUCGGAAUUGAAAGAUUGGAUUAUUGAAGAAGGUUUUAAUUAUGAAUUUGAUAAUUCAAAAAUAUCUGUAUUAUAA